UUCUCUCUCCCAUUUCAUCUUUUGUACUCUAUUCAAUCUUAGGACGGUGCAACCUUAAAAUAAACAAACACAUUCAUAUUAUUAGUAUUAGUAUUAGUUGAAGAAAAUCAGAAAGAGGGAAGCCAUGGAAACAGCUGGUGAUGCUGCUGCAGUUCAGUGCAAGCGUAGCCUCGGCCAGGGGAAUACUAGUUCCUCCUCUUUCCGCCUCCGCAGCCCGAGUCUCAACAAGGUCCGUCUACGUCGAAUCUUUGAUAUGUUCGACAAAAAUAAUGAUGGCAUGAUCACUCUUGAUGAGCUCAGCCAGGCUCUCGGCCUACUUGGCCUGAACGCCGAUAUGGCCGAACUAGAUUCGAUGAUCCAAUCACAUAUUCAACCUGGAAACACUGGCCUUACGUACAAAGAUUUCGAGGAUCUACACGUGUCGUUGAACAAAGUGUUUUUCGGAUUGGACGAGGUUGUUGACGAGGAAGCACAGGAUGAGUCUGAUUUGUCCGAGGCGUUUAAGGUUUUCGAUGAGGACAGGGACGGAUACAUUUCGGCCCGGGAAUUGCAAGUGGUGUUAGGCAAGUUAGGAUUGCAGGAAGGUGGAGAAAUCGACAGAGUCCAGCAGAUGAUUUCUUCAGUCGAUAGCAACCACGAUGGACGCGUGGAUUUCUUCGAAUUCAAGAACAUGAUGCGUUGUGUUAUUGUCCCUUCUUCUUGAAUUUGAAAUCUCCUUCUCCAUCAUUUCGAUUUUCAUUUUUUUUUAUGUUUUUCUACCAUUUCUAAAUCUCGUCUUCUUCGUUAUAGAAAGCACUUAUGAUUUGUUCGGGAACGUGAUUAUACAUUAUCGAACAAAUCCCAGUAUUUUGUACUGUCUAAGUAUAUUAUUAUCUUAUUUUUAUUGCAUCUAACGCAAUAGAAAUU